GCCCUCUGCUGGAAAUGCUUAUACUUCGUUGCACUACAGCUUGGAAUUUCGCGGAGAAUUGUGGUCGUUGUUAAGAAGGAGCUUAUCAAAAUGAGGCCUAAGGGUACAAGUGAAUGAAGAGUGAACUGGCGAUGUAGUAUUCGUCUUUCAUUUCUUGAAAUAUGUAACCUUAAAUUUAUGACAAAUGCGUAAUUAUAUAAUUCUACGCAGGAAGAACAUGGGUUCGGAGCGUUAGCUUAUGUUGAUAUAGGCUAAUUUAAUUUGUAAAAGAAGUUUGCGACGCUAUUUACUUUGUUCCUUUUCGAGUUUUUGUGUUGAAAUUGAACAAUUAAACAUGUCAUCCCGAGGAACUUACUAUAAUAGACCUAGAGGAAGAGGAGGAAUCAAACCUAGGGGAAGGGGUUAUAUCCCAAGAGAUAGAAGCCGAGGAAAACAGUUUAAUAAAUCUUACCAUCGUGAUGACAGAUAUUACAAAUAUAGUAAAGAAAAGUAUGAAAGUUUGAGUAGAAGACAUGAUAGGAGACAGUUAUUCUUGCAUAGCAGAUCUCGGUCUCGUUCACAUAGCCAUGAUAGGCCUAGCUAUAGCCAUUACUCUCAUGGACGUUCCAGAUCAAGAUCACGGUCGUAUUCUAGAUCUCCUCCUUAUCAUCAGAGUCAAUCUCCUUCAUCUUCUUACCAUCAAAGCCAUUCUCCAUUUCUUCAGCAUAAUCAUUCUCCAUCACCAUCUCAAAAAUCUGAAGAGAGAGAAUUAGUUGGAAGACUUAAGCCUUUUUCAACUAGUAGUACUAGUAGGUUGCAGACACCACCAAAACAAUCAAGAAAGUAUCAAGAGCUCACUGUAAAACCCAUAAGAAGUUCUGAAGAUGAAAAAUCUGGUGUUAUGGGAGCCUUAUGUUGCUCCUAUGAGAGUUCUGAAGUAAUUGAUAACCAGAAGGGUAGUGAGAGAUACGAAGAAAAGAUAGAAAGUAUGAAGAAGAAACCAUUAAAAAUGGGUGAUGAUUCAAAUACUGGUGAAAAAGAACAAAAGAUGAAAGAAAACAGGUAUAAUCUUCAGUAUGGUGAAGAAAAGGAUCUUAGAUCCCAGUUAUUAGAAAGAGCUUUAAUGGAGAAACAAAAACUUGGACUGGAUAAUUUUGCAAGAACAGACACGAGUUCAGCAUUAGAAGCACUGCAGUGUUACAGUCCUGACCUUAGUCCUCAUACAGAAAAAGAUGAAGAGGACAGCAAUAUAAAAAAGAUUGAGAGAGAAACCAUUAAAAAUCUCUGCUACCUAAAAAAGGAAAAAACCUAUCAAGAAAGGGAUUUAGUUGGAAACAAAGUUAAAAGUCCAGUUUCACAACCAGUUAAUAGUAGCAAGCCUCUUAAAUCUAUUUUGAAAAUUCGUAGAGCAGAUGAGCAAUCUGAUAGUUUUGGAAAAGAAACUAUAACUAAUAAUAGUGCUUCAAAGAAGAGAGACAGUAUUUAUCUUCCACAAAUCCCAGGUUUAGAUUUUGAUAGCAUUGAUGAUGAAGAAGAGUUUUUGUAUGGUGAUAGUGAAAAUAUCUCAAAAGUUAGUGAAAAACCUUUUAUGCGUGGCUCGCCCCCAGGAAUUGGAGAGAAACUUAAUCAUAAUACAGGUAAUAAAGAAAGUAGUGGAUGGAGUGAUGAAGAAGAUAACUUUGAAAGAAGUGAUCAAAGAGAUGUGUGUACUAGAAGUAGAACACCAAGUCCAAUACCAAGAAGCAAAAAAUGUAAAAAUAUUAUUAGCACUAAGAAACUGAAGACUGAGUGUGAGGAUACCAAAAAAUCUGAGAGCCAAAAACUGUCAUACAAAGGUAAGAGUGAACCAACUGAUGAUGAUUUAACAAUAGAUUUACAAUUACCUAAAGAUAAGGGCUCUUUUCUAAGAAAUAAAAGUCCUAAUCAAGAAAGAAGUAUUUCUCAGGAGUUCAAAGAAAAUCAAAUGUAUGGAAAGUGGGAAUCUCCACCAAGGGAAAAUGUUAAAGGGCAUCAUUCUGCUUCAAGAUAUUCCAGAUCAUUGGAGGAUUUUCACAGUCCAUUGUCAAACUCUUCAAUUCACAAGCACAAGUUAGAAACAGAUAACAUUGGCAAGAGCAAGUGUCCGAAGUUGGAACUUAAAAUGAAUCCUCAUUACAGUUCUUCUUAUGAGGAUAUAUCUAAAGAGAAGCUGAGAGCUUUGAAAGAAGAAUUAGCACAUUUCAGAAGUUUAGACAGUGAGCUUGGAAAUUAUGAACAACUUGAUUAUCAUAGAAAACAAGGGAAACACAGCCCUGAAGAAUCAAAAAAGAUAAUUAAAGUGCCAAAGAAAUUAAGUCCUUCAUUGGACUGUGGUGUUCAGAAAAGAUCAUAUAAAAGGAGGGAAAAUAGUCCUGAUCAUUAUGUUCAAAGAAAAACUUCAAUUGAAAGAAGGGAGCAUAGCCCUAGUUUUGAUACUUGUAGUAAAAUGUCACGUGAAAGCAGAGAACGUAGCUCCGAUGGUGAUAUCAGCAGGAAAACACCUGUCGAAAGAAAACUGUUUAAGCCUGGUUAUCAUGUUAGUAGAAAAGCAUCACAUGAAAGAAGAGAUCAUAGUCCUGAGUAUAAUACUAGUAGGAAAAUGUCACUCGAACGGAGAUAUAUUAGCCCUGUUCAUGAUGUUGGCAGGAAAACUUCUUUUCAGAAGCAAACUCUUAGCCCUGGUUAUGAUGUUAGUUACUUCUCACCAGAAGAAGGAGAGUUUAGACCUGGUUAUGAUACUGUUAGGAAAACGUCAUUGGAGAGAAGAGAUCUUAGUCCCUAUUAUGAUGCUGGUAGAAAAGCCUUAAUUAAAAGAAAAGAAUAUUGUCCAGGUUAUGAUGAUGAAAGACAAAUGUAUUUUGAAAGAAGAGAAUUUAGUCCUGAUUAUGAUUACAUUGAAUAUAACCAAAAGUCUAGGUGUGAUGUUCAAGGAAAAAGAAUGGUGGAGAAGGAAAGAUACUUGUUGGAAAGUCUGCAAAGGAGUCCACAUUCCUUAAGGCAACAGUUUGAUGAAGAAAAUUUAAGAAAAGAUUCUUUAGAAGUAUCCAGAAGGUCUUUAGAAAUUAUGGAAAAAUCUUCAAGAAAAUACUCAUUGGAAAGAAGGAGCUCACCAAGCCCAAGGAGGGACUUUUUAGAAAGAAGACAUAGGUCACAAGGUUUCUAUGAAGGCUCCUCACUGGAAAAUUAUUCUGUUGAAAGAAGCCCAGUAAGAGAUUCUUUUGAAAGAAAAAAGAAAAGCCCUAGAAGGUCUCCAGAGAGAAGUCACCAAAGAGAGCAUAGGAGUUACUCCCCUUGUUACUCCCCCCAAAGUCCUAGAAGGAGCCCACAGUACGAAACUUAUGAUUCUAGGAGGCCUUUAGAGAUGAAUGUACAUAAUAUCAGUACAAAGGCGCAUGAACUUUAUGAAAUUAACCAGACAGUGCAAAAUUCUUCAUUUUUUAACACUGGCUUAUCUCAUUCAGAACUAAGUGUUGUUUUUCACGGAAACCCUGAUAGUAGCUUACCUACCCCUAUAGCUUCCUACCCACCACCUACUUUUCCAGAGUCAUAUGGUCCUCCACCAGGCAGUAAUGUUCCAAAUGAACAGUUGUUUCCUCCAUCUUUCACAUCUUUCCCUCCUCCAGGUUACCAGUACCCUCCAUAUAGCAUUCCUCCUGCAGUUCCUACUUUCUCUCAACAUGUUACUAUGCCAUCACUUUCAGUUCCUCCUCCAAGUUUACCAUCAAAAUAUUUGCAGUCUUCUCAUAAGAGAGUAACCACUCGCUCCAACCUUAGAAUUAUCCCAUUAGAGUCUAAUGUUCAAACCACUUCUGUAUUUAAUGCACCCAAAGUUCUACAGGAGCCAGAACAAAAAUUUGUUGAUUUGACAGAAGAAGAGCUAAAGAUGUUAGUUGAAAAGAAAAAAGAACAACAGACACAACUAAAUGUGUUAAUUGCUGAAGUUGAGAGAUUGCGUAAAAUGCAAGGAGAAAUGAUGAGGAAAAAACAAAGACAAAAAGAUGGUCACAAAGACCCACUUCUUUUAGAAAACAGUAAGUUGCAAGAUGAAAUAAACAAGCAGAUCACAGAUCUGAAGAAAAUAGUUGAAGAGACAGAGAAACAGAUAGAGCUUGGAAAACGACAUCUUAAUGCAGAAGAAACGUUAGUUCAAGGAGUAGGACCAAAUAAACAAGAACCUAAUGAAGAAAAAACAGAAGAUACAGUGCGGUUUAAGUAUUUUGACCCAGGCAGCCAUUGGUGUAAACUAUGUAAUGAAGUUUAUGCAACUCUUCCUCAGCUAUUUGAUCAUCUGCACAACAGUACACAUAAGCAGAAAAUGGAUGCACUUGACCGCCCAUGGGCUCCAGAGAAUAAGAAAAAACAUCCAGUUGAAAAGAAUAUUGCUCCAAAAAUUCUUAUUCCAUUGAAAGGGGUUCAGUUUAUCUACCCCAUCUCUGGAUUUUAUUGCUCGUUGUGCAAAGAAUUCAUGGGUGAUGGAGCAUGUGCAGAUGGGCAUUUGAAAAGUCAGAAACACAAUCGCAGUUAUAUGAAAUACACUCUUUUGAAUCCAUUCUAUGAACGAAGAUGGAACUUAGAUAAAACUACAGCUGUGGCACAACAUGAAAAGAAAAGACAUAUAGAAGAAGAAAAGCAGCAGCUGGCAAAAAGAAUGAAGCAAGAAAAGGAAGCAGAAAAACGAACAAAGGCAGUAAUAGAAAUUGAAAAACGAACCAAAGCUGAAAAAGAAAAAAGUAAAGAAAUUAAUGAAUUGGAGGAAGAUUUUGUAACUCCUCCAUCAAAGAAUCCACAUACACCUACUGAGGAAAUUCAAGAAAAGUCGAAAAGCAAAGGUAUCAAGCUAACAUUACUUGGUGAUAAGUCAAAGAAUGAUGUCCAGAGAAAAAAUGAUGCAGAAAGCAAGAAAGAAAUUAAACCAAAGAUGGUUAUAAUAGGUAAAGCACCCAACUAUAGGUCAAUGUUAGCUGCUAGUAAAACUGAAGAUACUAAAGCAUCAGUGUUUGGAAAGUUAAAUUUGAAAAAAAAUGAACAAGAAGAAAACAAAGAAGAAGCAAAGCAAGACUCACCUGAGAUAUUUCAAGUAAAUAAAACAAAUGCCACUUCAAAGAUUACAGAUAUUUCUGGAGUAAACAAAAGCCUUGCCUUGUGUGAGGAAGACACAGCCAAGGCAUUUACUGGAGAGACUCAAACUAAAGAAACAAACAAAACUUUUCAGGACUUUUCACAAGGUAGUACCAGUUUAUCUCCUUCUGGAGAAAAGUGUAAGAAAUGUAGGAAAAGAAAAAAGCAAUGCAAUCAUGACUUUAAGACUUUACAUACCUUUGGUCCUCAUUUACCAGAGACUUUUGCAGCUGGUCCAGUCACAGAAGAAGAACAUGAUCUCAGUAUGUUAGGCAUAGACAAAGCUGAUAUGAUACCAUUGGCGAAACCUAAACCUCCACCAUCAGUUCUGAGGUCAAUUUCUUGCAUUAAAAUGGCAAUUGAAGCCCAACAAACUCAAAAAGUAGUUGAUCAAAAAAUGGCAACAGAGUCUAGUGAAUGUGAAAUACAGGAUCAGGAGGAAAUGACAGAUGAACUAUUAAAGCAAGAAGAAAAAAGUGUUUCUGCUGUGGCUUCUAUGAAAAAUAUAGUUGAACCACACAUGCCUAGUGAGUUUGACUUAAACACACACAAAGAAUUGCCAAGUCCAGCUAAUGUAAAUACUGACCAACUAAAUGCUAGUAAAAAACAUUUAAGCUUACCUUAUGCAGGAGGGAAAUGUAAGAGAUGUAGGAGAAAAAGGCGGAAACAAUGUACUCAUUUCUCAAAACCUUUAGGUACUUUUGGUCCUGGUUUACCAUUUACAUUAACAGCCGGUCCAAUCACAGAAGAAGAACAUGACCUCAAUAUGCUAGGCAUUGACAAAGCUGAUAUGAUACCAUUGACAAAACCUAAGCCACCACCAUCUGUUACAAAAAAAAUGCUUGAAGACAAAGGUAUGACAGAAGCACAGUGUAAAGAUAUAAUCCAGGAAGAAUCCAUAACAACAUUUGUUGGAAGUGAUUACAAAACGGUAAGAGCAAUAAAGCAUGAAGAGAAAGCUACUUGUUUCCUUCCUACUGUAGAAAAAAUGAGUGAGUCAUAUACAGGUGAUCAAGUUGCCUCAAAUACAGAUAAUGAAUUACCAAAAAAGAUUGAAGGAACCACUGGCCAAAUAUUUACUAAGGUUCAGUUUGGGUCUAAAGAAACCAAAACCUCAAGUGGUGACACAACUUUUAGUGUUGACAAACCUUUCCUUAAUGACAACAUAAAAAAGGUAAAGAUCUUAUCCAAAAUAAGUGAACAUUGUUUCAAAGAAAAGGAACAUCUUGGAGUAAAAACAUCUACUUUCACUGAAGUGGAAGACACAGAAAAAAAACUAGCAAAUAGUAUUACUGAUAAUACUAGUCAUGAAAAUGGGUUGAUGUGUGAAAAAGAAAAUAUUAAUAUCUUAAACCCAAAACCAAGUGGUACAGGUAUCCAAGAUCACAAAGUCCAGUGUGAUUUUGUAACAACCUUCACUGAAGGAAAAACUAUAGCAGACAUUGUAGAAAUGCAUGUUACUUCUAAUUGUGAUGAUGAGAAGAGCUCUAGUAUAAGGGAAAAUUUCAGUGAAGAGCUUUGUGACAAAAAUCUUUUUUCAACAAAUAUGAAAGAAGAGUCUGGAAACUCUCAAAAACCAGAAAAGAAAAAGGAGAAAAAAAUGCAUUUCACUGAUGUUAGACACAAAGACCUCCAUUCAGAUUUUGCUUCCAGUGAAAAACAAGGAGGGAAAAGAAAGAGUAACCCUCCUGUUUUUGUGGAGAAAGAGGAAGGUGGAAGUAGUAAAGAAGAAAUUACUUGUGAAAAUAGUAAAAAUGUUGUAGAUAAUGAUGAAUGGAUGGGUUCUGAAGAUGAUGUUGAAGAAACUUUUAUUUGGGAAGUUACAGAAGAUGUUGAGUACAAUGAUGAAUGGGAGAUUACAGAAGAUGUUGAUAGUAAUGGUGAAGACCACGAUGAGUGGGAGAUAACUGAAGUUGUUGAAGGUGAUAGUGAAGAUGAUGUCGAAGAUGGUAAUAGAGAGAUGAAUACUAAAGAUAUGAAAGUUUCUGAAGGUAAUGAUGAAGAGAAAAUUCUCGAGGAAAGUGAAAAUAAUGAGGUAGGAAGAGUAAUUAAUGAUGCUUUAACUGUUGUUGGUGAGGUUAUUGAUGACAGUGAAGAAAAUGUGGAGUGGGAGGUUACGGAAGAGGUUGAAGAUAAUGGUGAAUGGGAAGUUACUGAAGAAGUUGAAGAUAACAGUGAAUUAGAAAUCAGUAAUGAGGACAGUGAUGGUAAUGAGAAGAAAAAUAUAGAAGAUGAAUACAACAGAGCUGGAACUAAUAAUACUGAGAGAGAUCAUACUGAAAAUUAUAAAGAAAUGAAUAUAAAACAAAAAAGAGUAGUACCAGAAGAUCAUAGAAACAAAAUUGAAAUAAAUAUUACUCAAGCAUAUGAUGAUAAUGAAGAAGAAGUUGAAUGUAGCAAAGAAAUAACUAAAGUGGUUCAGAGAAAAAGUCCUGAACACUUGAAAACUUGCAUAGGAAGAGAGCACUCCAAAGAUGCUGAAAGUAAUGAUAAUGGGGAAACUAAGAGUGUCUUCACUAAUAAAGAAAUGGAAUUCUACAAGAGGGCUGAAGAUAAUAAUAAAGUCAAGGAAGAAAUAAGCGAUAUUGAAAGCACAAUUUCUAAAGAUAUAGGUGAUUGCAAAAACAAGGCUGCUGAAGAUCCUAGUAAUGUUGCUAACAAAAUUAACAAAGAUUCAGCUGUUUCCAAAGAAAAAACUGCUGAAGGUGCUAGUAGUACUGUUGACAAGAUUAACAAAGAUGCAACUGAUUCAAAAGAUAAGUUUGCUGAUGGUACUAAUAAUGCUGUUGACAAGAUUAGUGAAGACUCAGCUGCUUCCAAAGAUAAGGCUGCUGGAGGUCCUUGUAAUACUGUUGACAAAGUUAGAGAAGACUCAGCUGCUUCCAAAGAUAAGGCUGCUGGAGGCCCUUGUAAUACUGUUGACAAGGUUAGAGAAGACUCAGCUGCUUCCAAAGAUAAGGCUGCUGGAGGUCCUUGUAAUACUGUUGACAAGAAUAGUAAAGACAGGGCAGUUGCCAAAAAUACAAUUGGUGACAAAGACAUUACUAAAAAUACUGUUGUUACAAAAAGCAAGGUUGUGAAAGAUGCAGGUGAUGAUGAUGGCAGGGUGUCUGAAAGUACAUGUAAUAGUGAAGGCAAAAUCACUGAAGAUACUAAUGAUACUCGAGGAAAAAUUUACAAAGAUAUUGAAGAUAAGAAAAAUAAUGAAGGGGAAGAGCUCAUUAGUGGUGACAUGCAUAAUGUUGAAAAUGUUGUUAUUGAGGAUAUUGACACUAAAUUUACUAAAAAUCUUGAGAAAAAGGCUGAAGAAAGUUCUGAAAAUGAUAAUAAGACUAGAAUUAGCAUUGGUAAUAGUCAAAAUAAAGUUGAAAAAGACAGUGUGAGAUGUUUAGAAAGUGCUGAUAAAAGUAGUGAAGGGAUUAAAAGUAAAGAAUAUAUUGUUAACAAUGACACACUGGGGAGUACUGGUGAUUACACUAGAAAAAGUUAUGAAAAAGAAAUCAUUAACAAAGAACAUACUGAAAGCACAAACACCAAAAUUGAGAACAUUAGUACUGAAAAUUAUACUAGUCUUCAAACUCCUGAAUGUAUGAAGGAAGAAAAGGGUUAUCAAAAUUAUUUUCAGAAAGACGUGGGUCAGGAAGCUCAAGGUAGCAAGAAUAUUGAGUCAGUAGGUAUUUUGUCUCUAGAUGAAGUUGGACCAUCUUCUCCAGAAAAUACAGAAACUGGGGUAGAUGAAGAGGCCAUCUGGGAGGUGUCUGGUGAUGCAGAUGGUUUAAUGGAAUUAAUUGAAGGAGUUGCCAGUGAUUUGCUCGAGUCAGACGAAAAGGUAUAGUCAGUAGUGGCUAGAACAUGAAAGAUUUGGAUGAAACAAGGAAUAAUCUUGAUAAUCAGUGAGACAAGACUGUGACCAGUGUUCUCCAUGGUGAGGGGAAAACAUUGUGUGAAACUUAGAAUUUAAAAAAAUAUAUAUAUGAAUCAUAUGAUCCCUUGUGACAAUUAUAUUGAUCCUAAGAUUCCAAGGAUAUGGAUAUAAGGAAUGGAAUGUGGAAAACAUAUUUGUGAGGAUCUCAUAUCCAUGGACAUUUAUGUGAAAUUUAGGAUUCUGUAAAAAGAGAAAAAGAAUUUGAAUUUAUUUAAAGCAAGACAGCAGUUGAAAUCUUUCAAUGUUUUAAGUCAAGACUACGAUGUCCAGAAUCAUUUGUUGAACAUUUAUGGAUGACAUCUGAUGUGUGUGUGUGUGUGACAUUCAUAAAAAAGACUAAUUUCAAAAGUUAAGUUGGAAAAAGUGAGUAUUUCAUAAAGAUUUAAUGAGUGAAAUUAUAUGUAAAGACCAUUUGAUUCCUAUACAGAACUGUGUUGCAACUAAAAUGAGUAAUUUGGAAUGUUGGCCUAUAAUUAUAGGUGAAAAAAAACAGUGAAGAAAACCUGAAGCUUGAAAGUACCAUAUUAUUGUUUAAAUAAAAAAUCUUACAAUUAAAAUGUUGAAUUUGGACUAAACAGAUAAUAUUGUUCAUGUUUUUUUAACUUUUCUCUGCUUCCUUUUUGUUUUGCAUAGGUGAUUGUAAUUAAAAUGUGAUGUAUGUUGAUCUAUGUGCCUUUGUUUUCUUGGUUAUUAUUGUAGUGAGUAAUGGUUUAUAUAAAAUUUAUUAGCUUUGACACAUUACACUGGGUUUGGCACAUGAGUGGCUUAAUUAAGACUGUUCUUUUUGUUCAGGUUUCUAUCAGAAACUAAAAUUGAGAAAAGUGUUUGGACGUUAAGAAAAGGAAGUGAUUGUAGCCAUUAUACAACACUUUUAUCCUGAAAAUUUUACAGAUUUCUUGAAAUGGUCCUUUCAGUUAUGAAACUGUGUAUACAGUUGUGAAGUUAUUUUUACUAUUUAUUUUUUUGCAGCUCUUCUCCAGAUUUCACCCCAUGGGACAAAAUAACAUUAACUAAGGGCUCCUUGCUAUAAAUAAUUUUUGUUCAUUGACCUAUUAUGGUUAUUAUAUAUUAUAUAAAUUAUAUAUUACACAAUAUACAUCUUUUUCAAAGCAAUCCACUGUUUGAGGCACCACAUAAAUAAAUGUAUAUUAUAUGGAAAUAAGUUUGAUUAAGAUGUAUAUAGCUAAGAACUAAACCAAGUUCUAAUCUUCAAAUAUUAAUUGCUGAAAGUUAUUCAGAAUCAAUAAAAAAAACAUGUUAUUUACUAGAAUGACUCCAUUUCAUCAAAUGACACACUGCACAUGGCAGUUCUUCACACUGUUGUUUUGGGUGAUUCAUUUCUGCAAGCUGAUUAGAAGCUACAGAUUUUUAAUAGUUUCUGGUGUUUACUGUCAACUAUGUAUUGAAGUUUUAUUUCUCUUUCUCUGUUUUAUUUUUUGAAGAAUGUUAAAGUUUAGCAGCCAGUUAGGUAUUAGAACUUUUAUGUGAGAAUUAAUGAAGUCUUAAUUUACAUUUUCUUAAAGUACAUACAGUUUCCUCUGGUUAAGGUUUACAGAAUUACAUAUAGUUGCCAAGAUGCAAAGUAGUCUAAAUACUAAAUGGGUGGGGGGAACAUUCAUUGGUAUAUAAAAAAAAAUUAUUUGAAUUGUGUCUUCUGUUAUAGUUUAAACAUGCUGUUUUAUUUCAUGGGUUUAGUUGUAUAAUUUCUUGAAACUGUGAUAGUACAGGCUUUUAUGAUAGUGAUGUAGAUGUGCUUUAAGAAAUAAUACCAUUGUAAAGGCUAAAGUUUUGAAGUACAUAAAAACUUAAGAUUUGUGUGUGAAAGACUUGGAAAACAUAUCUACCAAGGCACAAAACCUGAAGCAUAAAAGUACUAUAUUAUUGCUUAAAUAAAAAAUCUUACAAUUAAAAUAUUGAAUUUGGACUAGAUAGAUAGUAUUGUUCAUGUUUUUUUAACUUUUCUCUACUUCCUUUUUGUUUUUGCUUCUGGGAUUGUAAUUAAAAUGUGAUGUAUGUUGAUCUGUGUGUUUUUUUUUUCUUGGUUAUUAUUAUUAAGCACAGGAUCUUCAAACAUAAAAGAUCUUUUCAUUAUAACCCUUUUAUUGUCAACAAUUCUGGCUCCAUCUUUGAAUUGCCAAGUAUUUUUCAUUGCCAAAGUUUUUCACCAUCAGUUGAUGUUUGCAAUUUAUGUCUAAAAUUAGAGUUUAGGGUUAGAAUUUAGGCUGAGCAAAUUGAAACAUUGUUUCUGUCUAGAUAAAAUUUGGAAGUAAUUGUAAAUUUAUGCUUAAAAAAGAUUAUAAAUAAGUUGAUGGUAAAAUAACUGAUAUGCAAAAGUGAAAUUACUUUCAGAAAACUUAUGUUUAUAUUUUAUUCUCAUAGCAAAUAGAUUUAGAAUUCUAAUUUAGUUCAAAUAUGUAUUCCUAAACAGUUACUGCUUUCUAUAUAAGCCUAAAUUUCAAUAAAAUUUUAAAAAUCUGAGCAAACAAUUAUUCAGCAAGUUCUUGUGUUAAUUCAUUCUUUACGGUGUGUAAUGGUUAAAUUUGGUUACUGAUACUUCAGACUUGCUGGAGAAAUGUAGCACUUCUGGUAUAGAUUCGUAAUAAGUAAAAUUAUUUUCGUUUUAACAAGGCCUAUGUAUUACCAAGCCUAUUUCAUAAGAGUAAAUUCAUUCAUUGUUUCUUAUAACAGAAAAUGAAGAUUUACGUUUUCUUUCACGUUAAAGAAUUUAUACUUCUAAAAUACACAUUAAAAAACCUGUUACAAAUUGGGGUGCCUCCCCAGUAGCUAAGCAGUAAGGCUGAAGGCUUAUAAUGCUAAAAAACAGGUUUUGAUACCUAUUGUGGGUUCAGCACAGAUAGCCCAUUGUGUAGCUUUGCGCUUAACAACAAGCAAAUGAAGUAAUGGAGUAUUAUUUCUUGGCAUUUGUGUAUAAUGUUAUACUAAUAAAUUUACACAUAACAUUAAAAUAAGUUACAAUUAAAAUAUUGUUAAUUCUAAUAAUAACCCAUUGCCUUAAAAAAUGCAUCUACCACACACCACACUCUAUUCACUUUAUUGAAAUUAAAACAUUUUAUUCAUUUAUGCAGGAUGUCUAAUGAUGGAAGGCAAACAGAUGUGAAGGUAACUAAAAAAGUAAGACUUGCUGAAUUUAGACCAGGAAGUAAUCUAAAUUUAUGCAUUUUUUUCUUUUCUUUUUACAAAUAAUAAUUAAAAUAUUAGGAAUAACUAGAGUUUUGCUAUCAAUAUAAAUGGUGAUUGGGACUGAUAAGGUGAGUGCUGUAUGAAAAUUUAGAAGUUUUUAAAGUGUUUUUGUGUCUGACACAUGCACCUCAUUAGUGCUUAAUUGUAGGAGUGAAAGUUCAAUAGUUCUAAGCUUGGUGUUUUAUAACAAUUUGUGUGAAAAUAGUGUUUAUGAUCUUCAUGAAGAAAAAUAUUUUGUCACAUUACCAUUGAUAGUUUUUAGUAUCUAUUGCUGAAACAGUAUUGUUGUUAAUUUCUGGGUUUGCAACAAUGGCUGAGAAUAAAAAGGGUUAUGUUGUUAAGAAGCACUAACAUCAAAUAUAUCUGAUCCAAACCUGCUUCAUGAAAUUAUAGCAGUGGAAAGCAAAACUAAUUGUUGAAAUAUCACUAUGUGCUUAAGAUGGUAUGUUUAAAUUAAUUAGGGGAAAUUUGUUUGUACUAAUUUAUAAAAUUAAUUGGAAUUGUUUUGAUAGUUCUUAAGUUUAUGUUCCCUGCAGAUCUAGUACACUUUACAUUUAGUUUGUUAUGCCAUGUCAGUUACUGUUAUCCUCUGUAUGUAGAAUGGGCCCGGUGGUAAAAAGUGUUGAUGUAUGUGGAAAUGUGCAAGUGUGUCUAAUUUUUUUUUUUUUAUAAACUUAAGAACUCGUAACUGAAGCUAAGGAAUUUAUAUUGUAACAAUUACUAAAAAACUGGUUUGGUACUCUUUACUUAUACAGUCUGAUUAAUAAGUCACAUUAUGUUCCCUUUACAAAUAUAUUGUUUGGUCCAACUUGUUCCAAGCAAAUCAAUCAUCAGUUGAAUCCUUUCCAGAGGACUGAGCAAGCUGAUGCUACAUUUAUUGUUGAAAGCUACUGGUUGCUUAAAUGUGUGUGUUGGGUAUAAUCAUCCAGAUCUGAUUUAUUUUGGAUUACUCUUUCCUCCUCAUCAGUAUACAGAUUCUAAUACAUAUUGAAUUAUUUGGCUGAAAGGUGGAAUAGAGAAAUUUUGGUAGAUCUGUAAGCUUGUAACCUAAACAGCUGACUUGUGAUCAUACAAGUGAUGUCAAACUUUAUUCAUGGAAAUUAUAUAUAGAUAUUAAGUUUGAGUAUAAAAUUAAAUACAGGGGUGUUAUACCCAGUUUUUUUAGCAUGUUUUUAUUGACAUUUGCACAUAAACUUUGAACGUGUCUAUAAUUAAAAUACAGUAACAGUUGUUACUAUAAGAUAAUAUGUAUGUGUUGAUUAUGUUUCAGUUUUUCAUGUCAAAACAUAGCUAUGUUACAUCUUAUAAUAAUCUUCAUUAAUCUUGUGCUCAUUGUAGUUUAAAAAUUUCCAGAAUAAAAAAUUUCUACAGAUACUGACCAUGUGUUAUCAGCGCACUCUUCUCAAGCUUCUGUAUUAGAGUUUCAUAACAGCUUAGUUUAAGAUUGGUGAAACAGCCUCAAUUAUCACAUCAAUA